GUUUAUUUUUUUUAAGGCUUUUUUCAGUCUUAGAUCCCCGUAUAAAUAUAAUCACUUUAGAUAUAUUUCUUCUUCUUUUUCUUUUCUUUAAUUAUACUUUCUUUUUCUCCCCUUUCCUUUCUUCUCCCUCUUUGCUUUCUUUCUUUCUUUUUUAUAAGCUCCUAUUUCUUAUAGACAAGAAUUAAAGCGUCUUUUUAUUUAUUUAUUUAUUGUCGCUCCUCCUAUCAAAUAGAUUAAACAAAGAAAGAAAGAUCGAGACAUAAGCAAUGUCACCAACUGAACAGCCACAAUAUGGUUAUCAACCACCCGCUGACAACAAUUAUCAUUAUAAUACCGGUGCCUCUACAACGUCGAUUGGACGUCGUCCUACAACAUUAGGAAGAGCACCUACUCGUCGUAUUGUACCUGGCGCCAACUCAAUUGCCAAUGCAAGCCACAACAUCCAACGAGGUCGUACACUGAUUCGUCCUGAUCGCUACCAAGAACCUGCACCACUCUUAACAGGUAAACCUACCACAAGUCAAAGUGUAUUUGAUCCAUGGGUAUUAUUCUCUCGUAUCGUCACAUUUUGGGCAUUGCCUCCUAUGUUGAGGGCUUUCAAGAUGCCUGAUGCUGGUAUGCAACAAGCUUGGAGAGAAAAGAUUACCUUGUGUUUCAUUAUUGCCUGUAUGGGUGGGUUUGUGGCGUUUAUCACUGUCGGCCUCAACUCUACUCUAUGUCCUUCAGAUCAAUCUAAUAAUCAGCAAAAUUAUGCUUCUUAUAACGAUACGAUUAAUUCUCCCAAUUUAGUGGGUGUUUUAGGUUGGCAAUUUGAUGUAACCAAUGCUACUUCUACGGGUGGACUCGAUUUUGCCAGUCUAGCUCAAGUGCCUGGUACAGACAUCACACACUAUUUUACACAUGGUACAAGUCUUUCUGAAUGUACUAAUCCCGGUAACACAGCCACUGCUGGCUAUCUUGCUGUUACCUAUAAUCCUUGUUCUGCUGAUAAUGGCUUUAAUGGCUGCAGUUAUGGCGAAGCCACCACAGCCUACCUUCAACAAACCUAUGGACUUGUCAAUUCUUCUCGCCAGGUUGGUUUUGAUUGGAAUCAAUUCGCUCAGUUCAACUUGACAAAUUAUUUUGUGAUUGAUGGCAAUGUACUCAAUAUGGAUCCUUAUAUCAAUGCUUAUCCUACAGCCAACCCUUCUGAUGAAUUGGAUAUUUUGAUCCGUGGUAUCCUCAACAACACAUUUGCUGAAGGUGGACGUGAUGGCACAAAGAUGUUUUUCAGAAAGGCUGAAUUCAAAGCAGCCGUCAAUUGUCUUGUUCAGAAAUACAGAGCAGGUCAUAUCGAUAAAAAGACAACAGGCUGUUUCGUCUCUAGUAUUGUGUUGGUUUGUUCAUUGGCUGUGGUGUUGGCUAUUGUCUUGGCACGCUUCUUUAUGGCCUUGAUUUUCUCUUGGUUCAUCUCUCGUAAAUUGUCACGUACACCUCCUCCUGCACCUCGAUCUGCUGCUGCGAAUACAGGCACGAUGGGAAGUCAGACCAUGGAAAUGUCUAACUUUAACAACAAUGACAUGUUUCCAAGAGCUGAUUCAGCAACCACGGUCAAUGCUGUUGCUGCUGCUGGCGCAGGCGCAGCUGUGAAACGCGUUGAAGUAGGAAAUGAUUUGUUCACUGUGAUGUUGAUUACUUGUUAUUCCGAAAAUACUGAAGGCAUCAGAGCCACCGUCGAGUCACUUUCCGCCACGGACUAUCCUGACGACCGCAAGUUGCUGUUCUUGAUUGCAGAUGGUAUUAUUACUGGUCAUGGUGAGACUAUGUCUACGCCUGAUAUGUGUUUGUCUUUGAUUACAUUUGAUGAAAGUAACCCAAGUGCAAAAGACCCUGAGGCCAUGCCUUAUAUUGCUGUUGCUGUUGGCGCCAAACAAUUCAACUGUGCGAAAGUGUAUGCUGGUCAUUAUGUUUGUAAAGGCCACAAGGUUCCUAUGAUUCUUGUUGUAAAAUGCGGUAAUCCUGAUGAACAAGGAAAGCCUAAGCCUGGUAAUCGUGGUAAACGUGACUCUCAACUUAUUUUGAUGAACUUCUUCAGCAGAGUCACUUACAAUGACCGUAUGACUCCACUUGAUUAUGAUUUGUUUAGAAAGAUUCAAUGGCUAAUGGGUGUUACGCCUGAUUACUUUGAACUGUGUCUCAUGGUGGAUGCCGAUACCAAAGUCUAUCAAACAUCUAUGCGACUAUUAGUGAACUGUAUGGUCAAUGAUAACUUGAUUAUGGGUCUCUGUGGUGAAACAAAGAUUGCUAAUAAGCGUGAUUCUUGGGUUACUGCUAUUCAAGUGUAUGAAUACUUUAUUUCCCAUCAUUUAGCUAAAGGGUUUGAAGCUGUGUUUGGUGGUGUUACUUGUUUACCUGGUUGUUUCUGUAUGUACCGUCUCAAAGCUCGUAAGGGUGAUGGUGAUUGGGUGCCUAUUAUCACAAAGCCCGAAAUUGUUCAAGAAUACUCAUCCAAUACCAUUGAUACCUUGCACCAAAAAAACUUGCUGUUACUUGGUGAAGAUCGUUUCUUGACGACGCUUAUGCUUCGUAACUUUCCCUUCCGUAAAAUGGUCUUUACACCUCAAGCUAUCUGUAAGACCAUUGUGCCUGAUGAAUUCAAAGUGUUGCUCUCUCAACGUCGUCGUUGGAUUAACUCUACUAUCCACAACUUGUUUGAACUUGUCCUUGUCCGUAACCUCUGUGGUACUUUCUGUUUCUCUAUGCAGUUUGUUGUCAUGAUGGAUCUGGUCGGUACGCUCACUUUACCUGUGGCUAUUGUCUUGACUGUGGUGCUUAUUAUCAACAUGGCCAGAUCGACUAUUGAUAGUUUCAGUGCUGCUAUUCCGUUGAUUUUGUUGAUCAUUGUCUUGUUUUCGCCUGCGUUCUUGAUCUUGAUUACCACACGUAAAUGGGUCUAUUUGAUGUGGAUGUUUGUUUAUUUGUGCGCUUUGCCCAUUUGGAACUUUGUCUUGCCUGUCUAUUCUUUCUGGCACUUUGAUGAUUUCUCUUGGGGUGAAACUCGUAAAGUAGAAGGUGAGACCAAGGACGAUCAUUCAAAGAAAGACGGUGUGUUUGAUCCAUCCAAAGUACCUCUGAAACGAUGGGAAGACUAUGAACGUAAGCGCGUUCGAACCAAUAAACGUCGUGAGCGUAAAGAAAGACAAAUGCGUGAAAUGGGCGCUACUCAUUUAACACACGGCAUGAUGAAUGGCGAAGAAGACGAGUCAAAACGCGGACUACUAGUGAGCCCUGCUGAUGACGAUGAUGCUACUUCUCAUAUAUCUUAUCAAACAGAUAUGUCAAACAAUCCGGCUCAUUACUUUGAUCCCUCUAAAGAAGCACCUGCCAAAGCAGGUUCCGGCUAUUACCCAACCUAUAGACCUCAAUCCAUGGCACCUCCUAGAAGUAAUAUACCAUUGCAACCUACCCCUACUGCACCUGGUCCAUGGGGCCCUCAACAACAAAAUUAUGCCAAUACACAGCCUACAUCUCCUUCUUCACCACAUCAAAUGAGUCCUCAAGGUCAAUAUGUUAAUACUCGACCUAAUCCUACAAACAAUCAACAAGGUCCUUAUGGGUUUUAAUCUAUAUUGAACUUUUCUUUCUUCUUUUUUUUGUGUAUCUUUAGUCUUGAGCAUUUUAUAUCAUUUACACAUACACAUACACACACAUACAUAUAUAUAUAUACAUAUAUAUACAUACACAAUAUACACACCCACUUUUUAUAUAUAUAUUAAAAAAAA